AUGGUCUACUACUUCACGUCUAGUGUCGUAGAGCCCUCAGGCUUCAUCUACGUCGGCAAAGACAAAUUCGAAAAUGAGGAUCUCAUCAAAUACGGCUGGGAGGAGGACGUCUGGUUCCACGUCGACAAGCUCUCCAGCGCACACAUCUAUCUCCGCAUGCAACAAGGCCAAACGUGGGACAACCUCCCCGAAGACCUAGUAAUGGACCUAGCGCAACUCACAAAGGCCAAUUCCAUCGAGGGCAACAAAAAGGACAACAUCACAAUCAUAUACACGCCCUGGUCCAACCUCAAGAAAGACGGCUCCAUGGACGUCGGCCAAGUCUCCUUCAAGGACCCCCGUAAAGUAAAACGCGUGCUCGUCCCUGCCCGCGAGAACCCCAUCGUCAACCGCCUCAACAAGACAAAGGUUGAAAAGAAGCCCGACUUCAAGCAGGAGAAGGAGGAUCGGUUAAAGGAGCUGCGGCAAAAGGAGCAGGCCGCCCAACAGAUUAGAAGAAAAGAGGAGGCUCGACAGGCACAGGAGUGGAAGGAGAAGAAGUGGCAAAAGGACCAUGCCUACGACGACAUGUUUACCGAUGAGAACAUGGCCAGCUCAAGUAAUCAGGAGAGGACCGCCGACUGGGAAGAUGACUUCAUGUAA